GUCAGCCUUUCGGUUUUCGCUCCGUGAUUUUUGGCUUAACUGCAUUUAUUUAGUUCAAACGUUAGGAGUAAUUUAUUUUGCCAACAAAGCAGCUAUUAUUUCUUUAUUAAAUCGUUUGAAAUGUUACUGAUUGUUAAUCAUUAUUUAUGAACCGUAGACUUGCACUGUAGGGUGAGAGUAACGUUUCCUUUUAUUUGUAGAAUUUACACGAUAUUUAUGAAACUAUUAAGGUUUCGGGUAUUUAAGUAAAUCACGGCUUCGAAAAAAAACGACAUUUCCUCCAACACGGAGACGGACUACAGAUUCAAGAUGCCCGCCGCCAGUUUCGGGGCUCAACUGCCCCCACUUGGCGACGGGGGCAUCAAAGAUGUGUGGAAUUCCAACCUACAUGAAGAAUUUCAAAUAAUUAGACAGGUGGUGCAGAAGUACCAUUGGGUUGCUAUGGACACCGAGUUCCCCGGUGUAGUUGCUCGCCCUAUUGGAGAAUUUAGGUCCACUGCAGACUACCAGUACCAGUUACUGAGGUGCAAUGUAGAUUUGCUGAGGAUCAUUCAGCUGGGACUCACGUUCAUGGACGAAAAUGGGAAAACACCACCCGGCUACACCACCUGGCAAUUUAACUUUAAAUUUAAUUUACAAGAGGACAUGUAUGCGCAGGACUCAAUAGACUUACUGCAGAACUCGGGACUCCAGUUUAGGAAGCACGAGGAGGAUGGCAUCGAACCGUUAGAGUUUGCCGAGUUGCUCAUGACAUCAGGCCUUGUUCUCAUGGAUAACAUCAAAUGGUUAAGCUUUCACUCCGGUUAUGACUUUGGCUACCUGCUAAAGCUGCUCACCGAUCAGAACUUACCUCAAGACGAGAAUGACUUCUUUGAGAGUCUGCGGCUUUACUUCCCCACAGUUUACGAUGUCAAGUACCUCAUGAAGCUCUGCAAAAAUCAAGGGGGAUUACAGGAGGUGGCAGACCAGCUGGAGCUGCGGCGCGUGGGCCCGCAGCACCAGGCUGGUUCCGACUCCCACCUCACUGGGAUGGCGUUCUUCAAGAUCAAAGAGAUAUUUUUCGACGACAACAUCGAGAGCUCUAGUGGGCACCUGUACGGUUUGGGCGCGCCGUUCUCCGCGUCCGCGAGCACCUUCCAGGAGGGCGGCGAGGCGGGCACCUCGUCCUGAUCGCCCCGCCCCGCCGUCGCCGUCGCCUGCACGACACUCCCGUCUGUGCGACUCCUUAUACCCGAGACUAAAGUGAACGGAACUCGCAAUCAUUUACACACUAAAGGCUCAUUUAGACGGCGCGCCAGCUCGUGUAUUUUAACAUCACUGACUGUUGAAGUCACAUAUAAUCAGCAUUCGCGAACGAGAACUCUCGCACCGUGUAAAUAAGCCCUUAUUGUUGGUUACUGUGCGUAUUCGGUUUUAAAAGUAUUACAACAUAGUGAAAUACUUUUAUGAUUCCGACAAUUCUAAUGUGACUCAUAUUUUUAACAAUUGUCACAUGUGUUAGUUACGUUUUUAAACAUAAUUUUAAGCUAUCAAUAUUAUUUACAUUUAUUUUAGUAGUUGAAUGUCCAGAUGAAAUGAAGUGUGUCAUCGGCCGAUGUAGAACUAUUUACAGUGGUAGACGGUUAUUUCACUAAAUGAAUUUUAAUUUGUAGCAUUAUUUUUACCAAUAACAAUAUACCGCUCAUUGCAACUGUAGCCUAUUAAGGUCGUAAAUGUCCAGCUUAUCUCGAAAUGCAUGUAUGUUGCUCAAUUAAACAACCGUCUCAAACAUAAAUAUACUGAAUACCUAAGGCUUUUGACAGCCCAACUAGUAUGAGUGCAAAUAAAACAGUCUGUGCUUUUUUUUUCAAUUAUCGCAUUUUUAAAAAGGCUCAGGCACUUUAGAUAUACUUGCAGCACCAGAAUGAUAUCAUUGAUAUGUGUUAAAUAAAAUACUUAAAUAUAUCAUUCACAUUUCGAUAUAGAGAACUACAUGCAGAGAAUAUUGUCGUAAUAUUUUUUAGCGUAACCGGCCCUUACUCCAAAUAAAAGCGCUCAAACGCAGCAACGACGCGGCUUGCCUUGUUUGACAAACGGGACACAGCAUGACGGCCUUAUUUUUCGGCGCGAUUCUCGAACACGCAUGCGAUUUUGGUACAUUGCGGACCGCUCAGGUUACAUUCAGCUCAGAUCAGUAAUGGAAUACCGCAGUGCAAUGAAACUCGCAUGCGAGUUCUCGCACCGUGUAAAUAGGUCCUAAUAAUCACUGGUGCAUUGUGUACGAACAAAAUCUAGUUCCUAUCACUCGGCUUAGACUCCUGGGAACUGUGUUUAAUGUUUUAUUGUGUGACGAUUGGGAUAAUUAUUUAAUAAUGAAGUGAUUUUACUUAAUUUUUAUAUACUAUUUUGGUGCGUCUUUUUUACGUGUCUUAUACUUAUUUAUAAUCAUGUAUUAGCUCGAUACAAAUCUUUUUUUUUUAAUAUUUUGACAGUAAUGUAAGGGAUAUAUUAAUUAACUUACAGCAAUACCAUGUUUAUUUGAAUUGCUAUUGUAGGAUGCAGCAAUUGCGUAUGCACUUUAUCAAUGAAUAAUUUUGGCAUAUAGUAAUACGGGUGAAUUGAAAAAAAAACAUAGUUCGUUACUGUGUAAUGAGGAUGUAAUCUGAUAUUUACCAUGGCAGGUGACGAAACUAUAACCAACUGCUGUCGCCGCCAUGUCUCAAUACUCUGGCUUGUACUGGCGUUCAGCGUGCCUCCUCAUUUCUCUUACUCCUAAGUUAUUGAUUCCAUUGUGUUACAACAAUUGAUCCAUUUAUAUUUAAGUUGUAUUCAUAAAAGUGUGUUAGUCUAUACUAUGUACUUAUAUGUGUAUGAGUUAAGUACAAUACAUACCAAUUAAUAUAAUUCAUAUGUUAAUGUUCGAACUACAAUUGAAUCGUUUAACUUACGACUAAUCACAAAUCUUAUUACGCUUAAAUAUGUAAUCUUUUUCUUAAUUCCCACUAUUAAUGUCUUUUUUUUUAAACAGUUGGAAAUGUAUUUGACUUUUUUCUGAGUGGUAAAUAUCUGUAUAAAAUGAAUAUAUUAGAAAGCAAAGGAGCAAUAAAUAUAGAAAAAGAGUAGCUUUUAUAGUAUUUCUACUACAACAGGUUACACAGAUCAUUUUCACUCUGGACCAUGUCAUUGAUUAAUACCUAUAAUUGCGCUGGGGCCCAUUUCUCGAACGAUGUUGGACUAAUAGUAUUAGUGCACGAAUUGUCAAAUCGUAUUGGUUGCCACGACAAAGCACUCAUAAUAUUAGCCUAAAGCCUGACGAGAAAUAUAUGACUAUUGUCAAGAGGGCGCCGUUAUUCUGAUGUAUGCGUUGACAAUUCAGUUUAGUAUGAAAAAAAUAGUUCUAUUGAAAUUCCGCAACAUGGCGCGUAGUCAUAUAAUAAAUAA